AUGUCGACCACAAUUGACAAGAUCAAGGAGAUCGAGUCCGAGAUGGCUCGGACUCAGAAGAACAAGAACACAUCCUUCCAUUUGGGACAGCUGAAGGCUAAGCUCGCUAAGCUGAAGCGAGAGCUUUUGACUCCAUCUGGAGGAGGUGGUGGUGGUGCCGGUGCCGGUUUCGACGUUGCGCGUACUGGUGUUGCCUCUGUUGGCUUCAUUGGUUUCCCCUCCGUUGGCAAGAGUACCCUGAUGAGUAAAUUGACUGGCCAGCACUCCGAAGCUGCCGCCUACGAGUUCACAACCCUUACAACUGUCCCCGGACAAGUCUUGUACAACGGCGCCAAGAUUCAGAUUCUUGAUCUGCCUGGUAUUAUCCAAGGUGCCAAGGACGGAAAGGGUCGUGGUCGUCAGGUCAUCGCUGUGGCCAAGACUUGCCAUCUCAUUUUCAUUGUUCUUGACGUAAACAAGCCAUUGGUUGACAAGCGUGUUAUCGAGAACGAAUUGGAGGGCUUCGGUAUUCGUAUCAAUAAGUCGCCGCCCAACAUCAACUUCAAGAAGAAGGACAAGGGUGGUAUCGCGAUCACUAGCACGGUUCCAUUGACAAACAUCUCCCAAGAGGAAAUCAAAGCUGUGAUGAAUGAAUACAAGAUUAACUCGGCUGAUAUCGCCAUUCGGUGCGAUGCUACUAUUGACGAUCUGAUCGAUGUGCUGGAAGCCAAGGCUCGUGCCUACAUCCCCGUUGUCUAUGCCCUCAACAAGAUCGACGCCAUCUCCAUCGAGGAAUUGGAUCUUCUCUACCGAAUUCCUAACGCUUGCCCAAUCAGUUCAGAGCACGGAUGGAACAUCGAUGAGCUGCUGGAGAUGAUGUGGGAGAAGCUUAGUUUGCGGAGAAUUUAUACCAAGCCCAAGGGCAAAGCACCUGACUACACGGCACCUGUUGUGCUCCGUGCUAAUGGAUGCACUGUGGAGGAUUUCUGUAACGCCAUUCACCGCACGAUCAAAGAUCAGUUCAAGCAUGCUAUCGUGUAUGGUCGCUCUGUCAAGCACCAGCCGCAGCGUGUUGGUCUUUCGCACGAGCUGGCUGAUGAAGAUAUUGUAUCUAUUGUUAAGCGCUAA